AAAAUGGGAGUUAAAGCGACCAAAGUAACCACCAAUUCGAUAAAAAGAAACUCUGAUAGUGACGUUUCUCGUAAUACCACUGAUAGUUUCUUUGAAGAUACAUCAAGUUCAUUAAGUUCAUUAGGUGCACUCUCACUUUAUGAAUUUACCAUAACUUCAAAUUUUGAUACAUAUUUGUAUUUGGAUGGCAGAAAAUUUUAUAAUAUUUCAUCAUAUAUUUUACCAAGUGAUGUCAUGGAAACGAGAAGAAGUGAUUUUACUCAUGAACUUUAUAAACGUCGUUGGUAUGGUAAUUUUUCUUCUCCCGUAGAUGAAUUAUUAAAAUCUGGAGGUGGAAGAGUAUUAGAAUGCGGAUGCGGCUCAGGAAGAUGGUCAUAUGAUAUGGCAGUUAAUUAUCCGAAUUCGACAUUUAUAGGAUUAGAUAUGGUUCCAACAUUUUCAGAUAUAAAUAAUGACGAUAAUAAACCAUCAAAUCUUGGGUUUCUUGAAUAUAAUAUAUGUGAUGGAUUACCUUUUGAAGAAGCUACCUUUGAUUUUUUAUUUCAAAGAUCAAUGAUAAUAUCUUUAAGUAAACCACAAUGGAAUAUUAUGUUAAAUGAAUUUGCCAGAACUCUUAAACCUGGUGGUUGGUUAGAAUUAAUGGAAUUAAAUAUUAAUGAUAUUAGUUUUACUAAAACUGCAAGAAAAUUUCAAAGAGCAUUAAAUACAUAUUUGGAAAUAGAUGAUCAUUAUUCAUUCCAUCAUUUUCCAAUUCAUAAUUUAUUGAGGACAACGAAUAAAUUUAAUUCAGUAAGAUUGAUAGAAAAAAAGGUCCCCAUUGGUAGUUGGGGUGGUGAAUUUGGUUUAAAGGUGGCAGAUGUAUUAAUUGAAGUAUAUGAAGGAAUGAAACCAACGAUAAAACAAAUUAUGAACGUUACAGACUCAGAAUUUGAUGAAUUAAUACACAAGCUUUCUCGUGAGAUAAAAAGUCCACUAAAUAAUUAUAUGUAUAUUACUUCUGUAAGAAUUAUCGCAAUGAGGAAUAGUGAACCAUGGUAAUUUUACAUUUGCGCUGGUUGUUAAUGCUUAUUUUUUUCGAAAUUACCAUUAUUUUUUUUUUUUCGAACAAUUUAUCGGUACUUAAUAUAAUUAUCUUUAUUAAAUACAUUU